GCCCUUCGAAAGCAACACGGUUAGGGGAUUGGUCAGGGGAUAGGGCCUGUACAUGUAAACAUGGACGCCUGGCGAAUAGUAGUGUUUGAAUGCUAUUGAAGGGCGGGUCCUGGCGUGGCCGUAGCGGGAUUCGUAAUAUCGCGAACCGGGUCGCAGUCUCAGAGCUCUGCUGCAGAAUCAGUGUCACCGGGAACCGGAGGAAGAUGAUUUAGCCGUGAUGUGUAAAGCUUGUCACCACGGGCCCCAUGGUGAUAUACACAUGGUUGUCUCACUGAACGCCCCAUGGCUGCUUCCCUGACACUAUCAUCUGUUCAACCUCUUUCCUCCAACCCCCCCUAUCCAUCUCCUCUUCCCUCCUCCUCAACCUGUGGCCUAUUUAUACCCUGGAGACUCAAAAGAGCCCAUUGAAGCUCCGCAGACCUCUUCAGCAAGAGACGACAGUGAGAGGGAAUGUACUAACACAUGAUCUCCAGCCUCUUCACUUUUUCUUUGACAGCUUCACAUAAGGAAAUCUAAAGUUUCAACUCCUGGCAUUCUUGAAAUGCAACAAGACUACAACUUCACCAAGCUUCAGAUGAUAAACUGAUAGUCCAUUGCAUGCAGCUGCAGCAGAUUUGGGAAAUCCUGGAUGCAGCAUGUGCUUGGGUCCACAGACCGGAGGUUCUGUACAAUAGAAAUAAUUAUGGACACUGUAAGAAUUUACCAUCUAAAUGCCUCACACGUCUGAAGUCCUCCACCACCCCUAGCCAUGAGCUAAGCCCACACAACCCUGGGCGUCCCUUGCAGGAUGACUGCCGUCUGCCCCUUUGACAGCAGCCCAGAGGGGGCUGAAGCUGGGGCUGGGACAGCAGGCUCUAGGGUGCCGGGGGUAGCAGGCACUGGUGGGAGCAUCUCGGUUUCUGGGGCAGAGACCGGGGAGUCUAACGGAGACUCCGUCGGUGGUUCCGUUAGAGGCACAGCUGGGGUCGCUGGCGGCCACAGGUACACCCGCUGGAGCCGCCAGGACAGCUCAGACAUCAACACAGACGACGAGGGAGCCACCGUCCGCCGCCUCACUCCACUGGAAAGGCUGAACCUGGAUAUGUGCCAGGAUGAAAGGGUGGUCCGUGAGCUGACUUUGGGCAGAAGAAUCGGCUUCUACAAAAUUCGAGGAGAGAUUGGCUGCGGAAAUUUCUCCCAUGUCAAGCUAGGAAUCCACGCCCUCACCAAAGACAAAGUGGCUAUAAAGAUCCUGGACAAAACCAAGCUGGAUCAGAAGACCCAGAGGCUGCUGUCCAGAGAGAUCUCUAGCAUGGAGAAACUCCACCAUCCCAACAUUAUACGCCUCUAUGAGGUGGUGGAGACGUUGUCCCGAUUACACCUGGUGAUGGAGUACGCAGGGGGAGGGGAACUCUACACAAAGAUUACUACAGAGGGGAAACUUUCUGACCUCGAUAGCAAGAUCGUCUUCGCUCAGAUCCUCUCUGCUGUUAAACACAUGCAUGAAAACAACAUCAUCCACCGCGACCUGAAGGCAGAAAACGUCUUCUACACCAGCAGCUCUUGUGUCAAAGUGGGGGACUUUGGCUUUAGCACCCUGAGCCGCCGCAGCGAGACACUCAACACGUUCUGUGGCUCUCCGCCUUACGCGGCGCCCGAGCUCUUUCGAGACGAGCACUACGUUGGCGUCUUUGUAGACAUCUGGGCCUUGGGGGUGAUGCUGUUUUUCAUGGUGACAUGCACCAUGCCGUUCAGGGCGGACACUGUGGCCAAACUAAAGCGAUGCAUCCUGGAGGGGGCCUACAUCCUGCCCUUGUGGGUGCCAGAGGCGUGCCAGAGGCUAAUCCGGGGAAUCCUGCAACCCAUACCAUCUGAGCGUUGUACAGUGGAGCAGAUGAUGGGCUGUGAGUGGCUGCUCCCUGUGGACUUCCCGCACGCCAUGGAGCCCUUUAAACUAGACCCAUCGUACCUGGCGGAGACGGAUCCAUCUGACCUUGGGGAGGAAGAGAUGGAGGUAAACGCGGCACUGGAGACACUAGGUAUCACCUCAGAACACAUCCUCAACAACCAAGGGAAAGACUGCAGGAGCUCCAUCACAGGGGUCUACAGAAUCCUGCUACAUCGUGCUCACAAGAAACGGGCCGUUGAGAGCAUGCCGGCGGUCAAAAAGGUGGUCAGACCAACUACAAAGAGUAAAAAGGAACGGCUAAAAGUGUACCGUAGUUUAAGGCACACAUCUAAACUCUGCGUGAUUCUGUGACAUAAUGCUCUGCUAUGCUCUAGAAAUGAAUUGACUUUAUAGUCCGGGAUGAGAUUGCAUGGAUUUCAUUACAAAUAUAUGCUUUUCAAGCCAGCAGUUUAAAUUGAAAUCAUGGUAUAUUAUCCUACUCAGCUCCUGAAAUCUGGGAUUUCUUACUUUAGUAUCUUUCUUCUAGUUACUAAUAUUAGUCUCUGUGAGAAGAUUGAUGGCAGCAAAGCAUUGUUUUCUCUCUUUUUUGACAGGGCCAGGGACCUGUGAUACUAAUGAGAUUUGAAAAUGUCAUGAAAUACAAUUUAUUUAAGGAAACGUAAUGAUGAUUAGAUGGCGUAUACAAGUUUUUAUUUUGGUCACGUAGGCAAGAUAUUUAUAGCCUAUUCUAUGCUCAGUUGUGCUGGGACAGCAAUAAACCCUGUGAGAAAUCAAUGUAGCAUAAAUCUUAAAUAAAAGAGUUAGAAACCCAGUCGUUAAGCUGAGGUUGAUAAAUUGGUGAAACACGGUGUCUCUAAUGCUUAAUUAGACUAUUCUUCAUUGCCUUAGUUUUCUAUCAUGUUAUGAAAUCAGCCAGACUGGUUUAUAAUCCUUAAUGUUUAUGAUGACAUGAGAUAUAUCUCUAUGAGAUGUUCCUGCUGUUAGACUGAUUGACCUGAAUUUCUUUAAUCCUGAAAAAGGCAAUACAUAUCAUUAAACUACAAAUACCAACAUACCAACCAUGAAAAGUUAUUAGUUGUUUAUGUGGCAAAAUAGUUUUGGUAUGAGUUUUAGUCAUCUGUUUUUUACUAAUCU